UCCCCGCCCUCGGAAAGAUGUUUCGUUGCAUAUUCGAAACAUUUUCCCUUUUUUCCCUCUUUUUCCUUCUCCUUUUCCGAAUUUGUUUGAUAUAUGAUACUAAAUCUAUAUCGAUGGCAAAGGAGUAUCUGGCAUACUUUUUAUAUAUGAAUCUAAUGACUGUCAUGACAUUUAAACGCUGAGGAUUUACGAUCGAGGAGCAACGGGACUAUAUUUACUUUGGCUUGAUACCUGCAGGUCCAAGAGGUAGGUGCUUUUGCGCCUGAUCCCUCGCCAGGAACCGCAUGCAACUGACGUGUUCGAAGGUGAAUUACAGCCAACGGUAAUUGCAUUAAUUUUUAAACCGCAAACAGAGAGUCUGCCAGUGAAAGGAAAGAAAGGAAAUACAUAAAGAAAAAUGCUACCAAGUGCAUCUUUUAUUCGCUUCUGGUCUACAGACUUGACUAGACAUGCAUUCUUAUCCCAGAUGUCGAAGGAGGAUCUCACCAACCUGCGGCUGGUCUGCCAUGACUUCAGCUUCCAUGUUGAACCAAUCCUAUUCUCUGAGCUCAGUGUCUCCUUUCGAAGUAGCACAUUUACCCGACCAGCUCGCAUGGCUGCCCUGGAGCGCAUUGGAAGACAUGUUAAAUCUUUGAAACUGACUAUCUCACACUCACCAUCAACUUUCCUGCCGCCACUCCUAGAUCCUAAUACUGGAGAAGAGCAGACAUUUGUCUAUACGCCGCAGGUCUACCCUUCAUCGCCAUUUUCAUCACGACUGAGUGGACCGAAGUAUGGGACAUGGGAAAUGACUGAUCUACUGACGAAGCAGUACCCUCCACUCUUCCAUGCAGCCACGAACAUCGGCUCUUUUAUACGCGCAUUCAAGGCACUGGAUGGCCUUACCAAGCUUACCCUGUCCUGCCCGAACCAGUCUGCCCCCCACCGUUACCGUCGUAGUGUGGUAGACUAUGCACUGAUCUCUAUACGCUGCGCAGUGGAGCACAGCCCACUACCAUGCCUGACAUCUUUGACUCUUCUUCCCAUGCAUCCAGGGGCUUUGCUCUAUUUGCGACCAACCGCUGUAGGAAUUGGUACAUCACCUGCCUCAUGCAAACGCUGGAGACGGAUAACCGACCUUCACAUUGAGAUGGAUGCCUUUCCGUACAGUGGAGGUGAACCAGCAGAUCAUCUGAAAUUUCUAGAUUCAUACCUCCAGUGCUUCCCGCUGCUGAAGAGGCUUAAGUUCCGCUGGCUUGGCGCAAGGGGCCCAUCACCACUGUCUCUGUCGACAGAGCCAUGUCUGACGACAAAUAAGCAGAACCAAUUCUCAUCUGCGCGGCCAAAACGGGUCAAGCCACUUAUCUUUUCAUCCCUGCAUAGGCUGGAGAUCGAGAACGUCCACGUUGAUGCAUCCCAGGUGUCAUCCUUUAUUCGCAGCCACCGCGAUGCUCUGCGCGACAUCAACUUUGAAGCCACAACGCUACGCUCAGGGACGUGGGAUGAUGCUCUGGCGCCGCUGGCCCCGUCACCAAAGAAGGCAAAGCCGUCACCGCCACCACCCCUGGGCCAGAAGAGCGCGGUAACUAAGGAAGUCGAAGUGAUGGAUGUCCCUCUUGUCUUGAGCGCAGCUGGUAUGGAAAUAAAGCAGCUACAACGACUUGUCCUCGAAGAAGCUGGACGACGCAAGAAAGGCCGUCGAAACAAGACUGGCAGCAGCAUCCGCCUGUGGGGAAGAGGCAAGGCCAUAUCGACUGUUGGACCGGGAUCGACGGUCUCGGCUAGCUCAGGAACUGGAAGGGGCUCCAAGAUCGGGUAUGGUCAGGUUCAGCUGCAGAAGGCUACAGACCGAACAAGAGAGCUGUUGGGGUGCGGACCAGAGCAUAUGAGACGGCUGCUGAGGGCUUCAGUCCUGCGUGUCAGGGCUUUCUAGGCCCUUCUUCUGUCUUUCAUUCUUUUCUUUCUUCUUACUCUCCUGCCACACUUCUUCUUUUUCUUUCAUAUCUGUAACGGCCACUCUUUACGACUCUUUCUUAUGGUUCCACUGAGGUACCUUGUAGCUUCUGGUGUGGUGGGAGGUGCAGCAUCUCGAGAGUGUCUGGGGAACCUCGGCUGUUUUUCUUGGGGGUGGAAAAUGGGAAAAAGGGGAAAAUUUGGAGUAACUAUCAACGACGACGAGGAGGGCUGACCAU